AUAAACCAUGUCCUUGGCUGACUGUAAGUUUUGUUAAAUGUAUAAUGUAGAUAAUUGUCCAUUAACCUCUCAGCUUAUAAUUAGUGUCUGUUUCCCAAAGGAAGAGGAGAAAAUUAUCCAAUUCUGGAGAGAAAUUGACGCUUUUCAAACUUCUUUAAAAUUAAAUCAAGACAAACCAACUUUUACUUUCUUUGAUGGCCCACCUUUCGCAACAGGUCUUCCUCACUACGGUCAUUUGUUAGCUGGUACUAUCAAGGAUAUCGUCACUCGUUACGCACACAACACCGGCCACCAUGUCGAACGUCGUUUCGGCUGGGAUACUCACGGUCUCCCUGUUGAAUAUGAAAUUGACAAGAAACUGGGCAUCAGUGGCAAAGACGAUGUCAUGAAGAUGGGUAUCGACAAGUAUAACGCUGAAUGUAGAGCUAUUGUUAUGCGAUAUGCCGAAGAAUGGCGUAGAACAGUCGAACGUAUGGCUCGUUGGAUUGAUUUUGAUAAUGAUUACAAGACAUUGAACCCCACUUUUAUGGAAACUGUCUGGUGGGUCUUUAAGCAAUUGUUUGAAAAGGGGCAAGUGUACCGUGGUCAAAGAGUCAUGCCUUACUCAACUGGCUGUACAACUCCUUUAUCCAACUUUGAAUCUUCUCAAAAUUAUAAAGAUGUCAAUGACCCUGCCAUCGUCGUCGGUUUCCCUCUCGUAGACGAUCCUUCAGUUCAAUUGUUAGCAUGGACCACCACACCUUGGACCCUGCCUUCUAACUUGGCCGUUUGUGUUCAUCCUGAAUUCGAAUAUAUCAAGAUUCAUGACGAAGCAUCUGGAAACAAGUACAUUUUGAUGGAAAAGCGUUUGACAAUGCUUUACAAGGACCCCAAGAAGGCCAAGUUUACUAUUCUCGAAAAAUAUAAGGGUGCUGAUAUGCUCAACUGGAAAUUCGUUCCCAUGUUUGACUGCUUUGCCGAAGAAUUCAAAGACAAGGCAUUCAAGAUCUGUGUAGAUACCUAUGUUACUGAUGACUCGGGUACCGGUAUUGUCCAAAUGGCUCCUGCCUUUGGUGAAGAUGAUUACCGUGUCUGUAUCGCUCACGGCGUUAUUGAUGCCGAUGGUCACCUACCCUGUCCUGUGGAUGACAGCGGUAACUUCACUGCUGAAGCUGGUCCUUACGCUGGCAUGUACAUCAAGGAUGCUGACAAGGUCAUUCAAAAAGACAUCAAGGCCAAGGGACGCAUGAUUGUUCAAUCUCAAUUCAUGCACAGUUACCCCUUCUGUUGGAGAUCAAACACACCCUUGAUCUAUAAGGCUGUUCCUGCCUGGUUUGUCCGUGUGUCACCCAUUGUUGACAGAAUCUUGGCUUGCAAUGAUCAAAUGCGCUGGGUUCCUUCCUUCGUUCAAGAAAAGCGUUUUGCCAACUGGAUUGCCAAUGCUCGCGACUGGAACGUCUCUCGUAACCGUUAUUGGGGUACUCCUAUGCCCGUUUGGGUAAGCGAAGAUUACGAAGAAGUUGUCUGUGUUGGCUCUAUUGCUGAAUUGGAAGAGUUGAGUGGUGUAUCUCCUAUCACCGAUCUUCACCGUGAGAGCAUUGAUCAUAUCACCAUUCCCUCCAAGAAGGGUAAGGGUGUCCUCCGUCGUAUCGAAGAAGUCUUUGACUGUUGGUUCGAAUCUGGUUCUAUGCCUUAUGCUCAACAGCACUAUCCUUUUGAAAACGCUGCAAAGCUCGAAAAAUCCUUUCCUGCGGAUUUCAUUUCUGAAGGUAUUGAUCAAACCCGUGGUUGGUUCUACACUCUCUUGGUUCUCUCUACCCAUCUCUUUGAUAAGCCACCUGCCAAGAACGUCAUCGCUAGUGGCCUCGUCUUGGCUGCCGAUGGUAAGAAGAUGAGUAAGAGUCUCCGUAACUACCCUGAUCCCAAUCUUGUCAUUGACAAGUUCGGUUCUGAUGCUCUCAGACUGUACCUCAUCAACUCCCCCGUUGUUCGCGGUGAAACAUUAAAGUUUAGAGAAGAUGGUGUCAAGGAUGUAAUCAGUAAAGUUUUCUUGCCCUGGUACAAUGCCUACAAGUUCUUCCUUACUCAAACUGCUGUCUUGAAGAAGGAAUUCGGCUAUGACUUCCAAUAUGAUGCUCAUAUCAAAAAAUCUGACAACGUCAUGGAUCGCUGGAUCUUAGCCUCUUGCCAAUCCUUGAUCAAAUUUAUUCGUGAAGAAAUGGGUGCUUACCGUCUCUAUACCGUUGUUCCUCGUUUGCUGCACAUGAUUGAAGAUCUUACCAACUGGUAUGUUCGUUUCAACCGUAGAAGAUUGAAGGGUGAGAACGGUUUAGAAGAAGCCAAGUUCUCGAUGAACACUUUGUAUGAAGUCUUGUUUACCUUGUGUCUUACCAUGGCUCCUUUCACUCCCUUCUUGACCGAAAACAUGUACCAAAGCCUCAAGAGUUUUGCUCCCAAGGAUCCCAACGUUGUCGAUGAUCGUUCCAUUCACUUCCUCGAAUUCCCUCAAGUCCGUCAAGAAUACUUUGACCCUGAAAUCGAACGUGCUGUCAGCCGUAUGCAAGCUGUUAUCGAAUUAGGACGUACUAUCCGUGAACGCAAGAAUAUCUCAUUAAAGACACCUCUCAAGGAACUCGUCGUCAUUCACAGCGAUUCUCAAUACCAUGCUGACAUCAAGGCUCUUCAAUCUUAUAUUUUGGAAGAACUCAAUGUUCGUGAACUUGUCAUUACUGCUGAUGAAGACAAGUAUGGUGUCAAAUAUAAGGCUGAAGCCGACUGGAAGGUCAUGGGUCAAAAGUACAAGCGCGACGCCAUGAAGAUUAAGAAGGGUCUUCCUGAGAUCAGCAGUGAGCAAAUCAAGGAGUUUGCCAAGACCAAGGAACUUGUUGUUGCUGGUAUCAAGGUGACAGAUGAAGAUCUUAACGUCAUUCGCUACUUUGAAGCUUCUGAUGACACAUUAUAUGAAGCCAACACGGAUAAGGAUACGUUGAUCUUGAUGGAUGUUAAAUUAUAUCCUGAAUUAGAAGAAGAAGGCAUUGCUCGUGAAAUCAUCAACCGUGUUCAACGUCUGAGAAAGAAGGCUAACUUGUUGCCUACUGAUGAAAUCAGCGUGUAUUACAGAUUGGCUGUUGAAGCUACUGAACCAUUUGAGAAGAUCUUGAAGAGCCAAGAGGCUACUUUGGUCAAGGUUCUUAAGAAGCCCAUGACACACCACAUGACUAUGGUCUCUACCGAAACUCUCAUCAUUGAAGAAGAGCAAGAGGUGAAUGGUAUCAAGUUUGAUCUUGUCUUUGCUAAAUAACUAUUAUAAUAAUAAUAAAAAAAGAUAUUGCUUCUUAGAUUUUACACAAACUCUUUUUUUGUUGGGUUCAAAAUUGGGCACGGC